CACCGCGAUAUCCGCUUACAUCAGCCAUAGGCAUCAUCAAUUGUGACACCGCGCGUCCUUCGAGUCCCCCACCAUGAGCGAAAUGGAAGUUGAAACUGAGCUCCCGGUUGUACUCCCCUCCUCGACACUCUCGGGAUUAUCCCUCUCCUUGCAUCCUCUUCCCAUUCUCAACAUCUCUGAGCACUUGACACGGUUAAAGCUACAGAGAAAUACCAACUCACCUUUUGUUCUCGGGGCUCUCCUGGGCACACAAAACGGCCGUGAAGUGGAGAUCGUCAACACCUUCGAACUUGCCGUUGACCUCGAAUCCGAAUUAGUCGACCACGACUUUCUGGUUCUGAGACGUGACCAGUAUAAGCAGGUGUUCCCUUCUCUGGAAUUCAUCGGCUGGUAUACUGUCACAUCCAAGCCCACUGCGCGCCACAUCGCGCUACACGAGCAGUUCACGGGCUACUGCUCCACGCCUUUGCUUCUCACUCUACAACCCUCCGCAACACUCGCGACCUCUGAUGCCCAUGGGCAGACACUCCCCCUCAAAGCGUACGAACCUACGAUCGAACUCCGGGACCGCAAGUCUCGAUCUGUCUACAUCGAAGUGCCCUACAAUGUCGAGACCGGGGAGGCCGAACGUAUCGCCGUGGAUUGGACGGCCCGUGGCGGAGGCAGUGGCACAAGCUUGGAAUCCCACCUUCAGACACAAAGAGCGGCUGUCAAGAUGCUGCACGACAGGAUCAUGGUGCUGGUGAAAUACGUGACCGACGUCGUUUCAGGUCAGGCGAAGAAAGAUCCUGCUACGCUACGCUCACUUGCCGCGCUCGUUGCAUCACUCCCUGCUUCUGAAAACGUAUCCUUCCGCGAAGAAUUCGAAACGGAAUAUGAGGAUGUCCAGCUGACCGCGUUUUUGUCAUCCUUGACCAAGUCUGCGAACAUUCUCAAUGACCUGGUUGACAAACACCUUGUCGUUUCGAGCAGCAAUAGCGAGCGAGGUCCGGGUGGUCCCAGGCGACGAGGAAUGGGAAUGGGAAUGAACCGGCAAACUGACUGGGGGCACUGA